AUGAAGAUCUCUUCAGUCGUUCCUGUGCUCGCCUUGAUGGCUGCGCAGAGCGUCAAUGCACACACUCUGUUUUCUGAACUCUACGUUGAUGGCGCAGCUCAAGGUGAUGGCACCUGCAUUCGCAUGCCUUCUGAUCCCAACACUGCCACCGAUCCCAUUCCCAGCCUCGACAGCAGUGACAUGGCCUGCGGCGUCGACGGUACUAAGGGUUUUGCUCGUGUCUGCUCGGUCGACAGCGGAUCUGUUCUCAGCUUCGAGUACCGCGACUGGCCCGACAACCCAUCAAUCGGCAGCAUCGACAUCUCUCACAAGGGACCUUGCGCCGUUUACCUCAAGAAAGUCGACUCGGCUAUCGAUGAUCAGGGUACUGGCGAUGGUUGGUUCAAGAUCUGGGAUGAGGGCUACGACGAGUCUGCUGGCAAGUGGUGCACUGAGAAGCUGAUCGCCAACAAUGGUCACCUCAGUGUCAACAUGCCUAAUGGCCUACAAGGCGGCUACUACCUCGUGCGCCCUGAGCUUCUUGCUCUCCACAACGCCGACAAGGGCGAUCCUCAGUUCUACGUUGGCUGUGCUCAGGUCUGGCUCAACUCUACUGGCUCCCAACUUCCUCAAAAGACCGUCUCCAUUCCAGGCUAUGUCGACUACAACCAGCCCUCCACCUCCUUCAACAUCUGGAACGAGCCCAUGGCCUUGCCUUACCCUAUCCCUGGUCCUGCUGUCUAUGUUCCUUCGUCUUCAGCUGUCGGCAACCAAAAGCUGAGAGUGUCUCAACAGCAGCAGACUGAAGGUCUCGCCCCCAGCGACUGCGUCGUCACAAACGGCAACUGGGAUGGCAUCGAGCUUGACAAAUACAGCGACCAGGCCGGCUGCUGGAACGCCAGUACUGCAUGCUGGGCACAGUGCAAGGAGUGUUACGCCGUUGCUCCGCCUACUGGCAACGCCGGCUGCAAGAUUUGGGAAGACAAGUGCCAGAACAUCAACGACCAGUGCAGUGCUGGCAACUACAAUGGUCCUCCCAACUACAUGCAGAACCUCAAUCCUCCCGUCAAGCAAGUCAGCCUUCCUGCCGCCGUGUCUGCUCAGAACGGCGAUGCUAAGGCCACAGCUGUCACUCCUCCUUCCGAAGGCAACUCACUGACCGUCUCCACUGACGGUAGUUGCGGCAACGGCGUGACCUGUCAGGGCUCGAGCCUCGGUAAUUGCUGCUCAAGUCACGGCUACUGUGGCUCCAGCGCUGAGUACUGCCAGGCAGGCUGUAACAGUGCUUUCGGCACUUGCAGCAGCGGUCAAUCCAAGAGAGACGAGCACAACCACAUGCACGUCCACAAGCAUGCUUACCAUGUCGGUGGCGAUGUCAGAACGAUGCCAUGA